UGCGGCUCCUUGUAACGUUACGUUGAAUUUGAAAUGAUCACACAAGAGGAGUUCGGAGGAGAAAGUGGGAAAGUUUCUUGAUAACAUAUCAGACUAUAAUAGUCUGCUAAAUUAGCAAACGUGGUCUCGCCUGUAUUCUUUGGUAACGUGAAAUCGGAGUGGCGUACACUGGAGCGACUUAGCACGCAAUGGAUAUUAGGACAUCUUCACAGAGGUUUGAGGCAAGUCUGAGUAGUUACACUGGAGAUGAUCCGCUCGAUCUGUGGGACAGGUAUAUCGGGUUUCUGGAGAAGAAACUACCAGCUGGAGAACAGAAUAGCAUCUCAGUGGUAUUGGACCGUCUGGUUCAAACCUUCCUUCCACAAACCCGCUACUACGACGAUGUCAGAUACAUCAACUACUGCAUCAAAUGUGCGAGCUAUUACAGUGAACCAAUCAAUCUGUAUAGCUACAUAUACGCCAAGGGUAUCGGCACCAGAGCAGCUGCCCUCUACAUUGCCUGGGCAGAGCAGUUUGAGAAACAGGGUCUGCUUCCUCAGGCGGAUGCUGUGUACCAGCGUGCUGUGGAAAACCUGGCUGAGCCAGCUGAAUUAGUCCUCCAGCAAUACCGGUUGUUCCAAGCCAGGAUGCCUGUGAGUCAGACUGCGGGAGCAGGAGCUGCGAGGAACCCUCUGCAGAAUUCCCAGCUGAUCAAUCAGAAGGAACGCCCAAGGGAGACUGCCCCCCCGCAGUGCACGGAACUAGAGGGUCUGGAACAAUUUCCUGUCGACAAAACGAUACGCAUAAUCUCUAGGUCUGAGAACGCGCUGGUGAAGCAGCCCGCGCCAGGCCCGGCUGAAGGCCAGCAGUUCGUGUCCAUGUACUGCGUGAACGACCUCGUGUGCGAGGGCUCCGAGCUCAGCUUCGAGGAGCUCCGGGCUCGGCGCUACUUCGACAAGCGCAGGCAGCUCGAGGAGCUGAGGGAGUGGGAGAAACAGCGGAGGCGCUUGCUCGAGGAAGAGGAGGAGGUGAAACAGCUGAAGAGGAGACUGGCGGAGCUGGACAGUCACCUUGGCCCUCGAGCAGCGGGGGCGGGGAGCUCUGGCAGAGCGCCGCCGCAGUGGGGCUUUUCCCAAGGAGACCGUUCAUCUGCGAGGCAGACGGCAGAGCCGAGCCCGGAGUUCCUCCAGCGGUCCUUCGUUCAGCCCACGGGGCCCGGCGCAGGCCUGCCAUUCAGCCACAGCUCUGGAGCGGCCUCCGGCGCCGGUCCGGCGCGUUGGGCCGGGCCGGACCUGAACGCGACGGCGCAGGGGAUGCUGGGAUUGACCUUACCCUGCGGCUCAUUUCAGCAGCCAAUCGCUGAGACCGUGCGGCCUGGGGAACAGAGUCUGCCGUUUGUACGGACGGGUCCUGCUGAGGAGGAAUAUGAGGAGGAGGAGGAGGCCGCCGCAGCGUGCGAAGGCGCCGCCGCCGUCCCAAACGGCUCCUCCUUCAACCCGCUGCUGACGGAAAGCCCCGCCCCCGGCGCCCAAGCCCCGCCCCCCUCCUCGGCGGCAGCUCUGCACGCCUCCCUGCUCGCUCCGGCCCUGGAGAGGAACGCUGACCCCGUCAGCUGCUCCUUCUCGGCCCCCCACAGGACCCCCAGUGCGCGGGCCGCCGCCGCCGUCGCCUCUCAGGGCCUGGCCGGCCGCUCGUAUCUGAACGGCUCGGCCAGCGUCUUCGCCAGCAGUCUCCAGCAGCACUGCUUCCACCAGCACAGCUUCAGAGAACAGGAUGUUCCUGACGGUGUGAUGUCAGAGACGGAACCACAGCCAGAUCUGUCACAGGGAGGGACGGGGAAUCUGUCCCAUGUCACCCCCAACACUUCCCUGGGCCUGGUCCAAGCCACGCCCUCCCGAGUGCAGCCUUCUCCGACCGUCAACACGCGGGAAGCACUGGACGUGAUCAUGGACAUGUUCCAGGCGCCAACCUUCUUCCACGAUGACCCGUUCACUGGUGGGCCUCGAAAGGACGAUGACAGUUUCGAAGCAGCCUGCAGAAAUAAGAGCAACAGGUCUUCCCUGGGGAGGCCCCCGGCUGCCACCCCAUUCGCCAUCUUCCAGGAUGAAAACGACAAGGAAAACGGAAGUCAUCCCUGUAGUGUGUCCAUGGGAGCGGAAAAGGCUCAGCCACGGGUUCUGGCGGACAUCCCCGUGUCCAAACCGGCGAAGCAGACGGAUGUACACUCUGGUGUAGAGUCCAUGACGGAGGAGAGCAUGAUGUGGGGAGCCCGUUACAACAACACUCUGGACCCCUGUCCCAACAACACGGGGGACUUCGCUCUUUCGGCUCACCUGGUCUCCACCCCCUUCUCCCGCAAUGCCCCGCACUCAUGGGACCUGGAAGACCAAGAAAACGGUCCACACACAGUUUUCAGUGGCACUGAAGAGAUGCCCUAUCAGCGCAAGCCAACAAAACUCAGCCCGAUACUGGAGCACAGCCCGACCGCGGAGAAGGGCCAGCGCUCGGAGAUGGCGGAGUGCACGGUGGCGGCCCGCGGGGACGGCGACCAGGCGACCCCGGAGGCCGGCGAGCUGGGGCGGCUGGUCGAGCACGGCCUGGCCGCCUCCUCCGCCUCCGUCACCGUCCUGCCCCAGCCGACCGCCGCGCUGUCCUUCCCCGAGCAGACGCAGGUGGCCGAGGAGGACGCCGGCGGGAGCCCCGCCCGCAGAUCUGCGUCCGUCAGGGACGUCUGCAUGAGCCCGGUGCAGCCAGCCGAUGAGGAUUCGAGCUGCAGCCCCGCCCGCGGCUGUGCGCCGGUCAGGGACGUCUGCAUGAGCCCGGAGCAGGCCGCUAUGCCCGACUGGUGCCUUCCCGGGAGUCCCACUCACACAACCGGACUGGACUGGGAGGUCCCCAUGAGCCCAGCCCCAGCACCCACGCACAACCCCCACGUCCCAGUUAGCUCGGCUCCCUCUGCCCCUGCAGGCCUGGUUUCCGAUCCCUGGGAUGAAGAGCUGAUCUCCAGCCUACUCUCCGGUCUGCCUGCUCUGCUCUCCUCUUAUCCUGGCUUUGUCUCCUGGGGCUGCAAGCUCCCCAACAUAGCACCAAAGAUCACUGUAAAAAUGGGUAAGAAAUCCCUCCAUGUGGAUUCCAUUCUUGGGCAGGGAGCGUUCGCCACAGUCUACCAAGCCACCGACCCCACGACCUCCAGCAAGCUGGUCCUGAAGGUUCAGAAGCCUGCGAAUCCUUGGGAGUUCUACAUCAACGGUCAGCUUAACCGGCGGCUUCAGCCCAGCGUGCGCCACCUCUACAACAACCUCUACUCCGCCCACAUCUUCCACAAUGGCAGCGUGCUAUUGGGCGAGCUCCACAGCUGUGGCACUCUGCUGAACGCAGUGAACCUGUACAAGAACGUGGGCGAGAAGGUGAUGCCCCAGCCUCUGGUCCUCUACUUCGCCGCCUGCAUCCUGCACAUGGUGGAGAAGCUCCACGCCGCCCACAUCGUCCACGCGGACAUCAAGCCUGACAACUUCCUGCUGGGGGAGAGAUUCCUUGAAAAUGAAGAUUUUGAUCCAGACGGCCUUGAGCAUGGAUUGACCUUGAUUGACCUGGGCCAGAGCAUUGACAUGACUCUCUUCCCAGAAGGCACUGCUUUCACGGCCAAAUGCAUGACCUCAGGCUUCCAGUGUACGGAGAUGCUGGAUGGGAGACCGUGGAAUUACCAGACCGACUACUUUGGAAUCGCAGGCACAGUUCACUGCAUGAUGUUUGGAACGUACAUGAAAGUGAAAAAGGAAGAUGGUGUUUGGAAGACAAAUGGCAUUUUCAAAAGGAAUCCCCACAGCGAGCUGUGGCUGGAGUUCUUCCACACCUUGCUGAACAUUCCCGACUGCAGCUCCCUGCCCUGCCUGCGCAGUCUGCGCAGCCGACUGACGGCCGCGCUGCAGCAGAACUACAGUGGCAAGCUGCGCUCGCUGAAGAGCCGCCUGGUGGUGCUGCUUCUCGAGAGCAGGCGGUCCCGCAGAUAAAGACGCAAGCAGUUACUGAGCUGCUUUGGUGGACAUAUCCUGUAAUGACCAUACAUGUCCGGUGUGUUUUGGCUUGUGGGGGGGGGGGGCUGAUUUAAAAAAAAUUUUUAAAAAAGAAGUUAACUUGUUGAAUGAAAAGCCUUCACUUAGACUUGAGUCCACUUUUAAGGAUUGAAAACGCUUGAUCAAGGAAUAUGAAGCAAUGUGGAAAUACGUAAUUUCACACCAUACUAUUUCAGAGUAUCAUCAGUUGUACAGGUAUUUGGUGUGCUAGAAAUCUUUUGUAAUGUGUAAAGAUUGUAGUACAAAAGGCUGUUAACAGGAAUUGCAUUAUCACUUGGCAGAGAAUAAAGUUUAUGUUUUUAAGUUUUGUUUUUUUUUUAAUUUUUAAAAAAAGAAAUAGUCUCUGUUAAAUGUGCAAUUAAUAAAAUCAAUUUUUACAAUAUUAAA